AGACAGUAUUCGCGCGGCAAUCGGCGCGGUUGGACGUACGGUCAUGCGAGGAGCCGCUGGCAGAAUGGCCGAACUCGAGUUCGAGGCACCGCUCGCGCAAAUCGAAGAUUCCGAUGAUUGUCUUUCCACAUCGGAUUACCCACAAAAGACAAUCAACGGCAAUGACAUCCACCUCAACAACAUCAACAAUUUAAAAAGUGAAAUGGUCAAAAUGAAAACGGACUCGAAUAAAAUAAACGAUAACGAUGAACCAAAACCGGUGAAGUGCAAACAGGACAAUAUGCAGAACGGCGAAGGUGAUAACUUCACGGAGACUUUCUCUGGGUCGCUCGAAGAUUUGGUGAAUACAUUCGAUGAGAAAAUCACUAAGUGUUUCGGGAACUACGAGGAGAGUGUGGAGAAACUGGCUCCUGUGCAAGUUCGCUCACAGGAAGAGAUAAUGAACGAAUGCCAAAUGUGGUGGACCAUCACCGGGAACUUUGGGAACAUUCUACCCAUCGAUUGGACAAAAUCGUUUUCCAGAAAGAUGCAUAUCCCUACUUUGAACCUUAGCGAUAAAAAAGGUUCAAUGACUCCGGAUGAUGAGAUCCACAGUUCUGAGGACGAGGCGGUAGCAUCAGACUUAGAUAUGCACGCGCUCAUCCUGGGUGGGCUGCAUCAGGACCACGAGUGCCCCGUCAAGACCGCAGACGAGGUAAUUCAAGAAAUAGACGACAUGAUGCAAGAGACGCCAUCAUCGGAAGGUGAUAUAAUCGAAUAUAACGAGGCGCUCGAGAAAGGCAAGGAGGUCCUCAGCUCGCCCCUCUACGAAGACAAACUUCGAACGCUUUCUUUAUCACAACUCAACGAGAUAUUCAUGGAGCUAGAAGUAUUGAUUCGCGAGUUCUCAGAGACGUUAAUCGCAGAGUUGGCAUUGAGAGACGAGCUGGAAUACGAGAAAGAGUUGAAGAACACAUUCAUAUCACUCCUUUUGGCUGUCCAGAACAAGAGGAGACAGCAUCACGUCGAGAGGAAGAAACGGCCCGGCCCUCCGAGAUCUCCCAACUUGAACUCAAGCAGUUCCGAACCUAAGUACCUCACAACGGUUAUCCCAUUUCAUCUUGAUAAUGGCCCACCUGACAACCAGACCCUUCAAGUUCUUAUCAAAAUUCUGAAGGCAAUUAAUGAAGACAGUCCCACGGUGCCCACCCUAUUAACAGACUAUAUAUUAAAGGUGCUCUGCCCAACUUAAGCACUAAUAGUAUCUAGAUAAAUUCUUCAUUGAAAUCUUACAACACUUUUUCCAAAUUUUAGUUAGAGAAAACAACAACUACACUACAUCUAUAUUUCAAAACUCAUUUAAUAUUGAGUGGUGAUGCUCAAACAUUAUUGACCACACAUUAAUUUCCAUACCACAUACUAAUAUAAUAUUGACGUAUAAGAUACAAAGAUAUUGGUAAUAGUUUACCUAAUAUACUUAGUAAUAGUCAUGGAUGUACGUAGGAUCAGCGAGGGCAAAUCAGAGGAUUUAGUCACACAGUGGCACAAACCUCCAUUAAAAUUAUCUUUAGUCUAAAGCGACUACCGAUACAAUUUUACAUUCAUUCGUCAUUAAACCUAAAUGGACGUCUGUGCAACUGAAUAUUAGCUAUCAAUUUUUAUCAUUCUUCAGGAGGGGCAGCCCUCUCCUGUCCCUCUCUCCCUUGUACGGCCAUGACAAUAGUGAUGUAAUUUUGUGAAUAACCGAAAAGAAUAACCAAAAUCUAAAAUAAUGUUCGGUACGCCUUUUUCAUAAGAGUUCAAUAAAUAAAAAUACUAAUAUCGAAUAAACGUCUUCAAUAUUCGUUAGCACAAUUUCUAGCUUGCUAACUCUGUUUUUUAUUGUGCUUGAAGCUCGAAUAGAACGUAUUACUGCAACUUUUUGUCGGCGGAUUACAACACUAGCACAUGUAAAAUCUGUGGCAUAAUUCUUAUUCUUUUAUAAUGAAAAAGAAAACAUUGUGAUUCGAGUGGCUUCUUUCGUGAUACGAACUCUAGUGAAGUUUUUUUUUCAUAAUUUUUUAUAAACAUCAAACGUCCCUCAUUCAACUAGAAAUUAGGAUAUGUUUAUAGUUAUCUUAACAGUCAUUCACAGAGUAGUGUAGUAGGAAUUUAGUGUUUUUAAAUUACCAAUUAGAAAGAAAUACAUUGCUGCGUAUUUGGAUGCGAGAAGGAAGAGAAUCAUCAAUUUCCAAAAGGCAAAAUGUUCAAACUAGUUUGUUAACUACAUGCGCUAGUGCUGCCAUUUAUGCUGAGCCUUUGAUUUUACUGAAUCAAUUUAGCAUGACGAGUGGAAUUUUCCUUUUUCUGAUAACACAGAUUACAUAAAUAAAUAGAAUCAAUGAAGAAUUGUUUUCCUUCAAAUUCGAUUUAACAAAUUUCUGUUGAUUAUUGCCAUAAUUUAUAACAGCUAUUAAUAUUAUUCAUAAACUGUAUUUCUACGGUUAUUUUAUUUGCAUAAAUGAACUGUGAUAUCGUGCGGUAGUUAUUAAUCGCUUCCUUUUAGAAUUUAAUGUGUUAUUUUAAAGGAUUUUGUAUUAUUAUUUAUUAUUAUUACUUCUGGGAUUUAGAGGAAGAAUUUGCAAUCGAUCGAUUUGACCUUACUAAAUUAUCUAUCUAUAUCAUGAAGAUGGUAUGCCAUUUUUAUACUGAUUUGUUUUUUCCUGUAAAUACCCAGAUUUAUAAUUUUCCUGUCAAUUGUCGCUGCCAGAGUGUUAAUUCGAUAUUUAUGUAAAUAAUAAAUGAAAUUAUAUUGAAAAUGGAAUUGUCAUCUUGAAUUAAUGUCUCUAUAAUAUAGUUGUAAAGGUAACAUCGGCUAUGCUAUUCUGUUAAGAAACAUCGUCGAACUGAACGUCGAGCGCAGCGCUGUCAUAGAUUAGAGGUUCAAUCAAAUAAAGCCUUCAAAGAUAAUAAAGGUUUUAUUUUAUAGAAGCUCUAUGCUGUUACGACGCUGCGCUCGACGUCGCGCUUGAGGCUGUUUCAAUAAUAGAAUAUCACUGCUGCUGCGGAGGCUUGUAAAUAGUUUUAAUUAUGCAUAGUGUUGUUGUAAUUUUUAACGUUAUUUUAUUAUUAUUGUCGCCAUUUUAACAGCCCGUCACACGCCUGACUUACUAAAAUCACAUUUUUCUUUGAGGAAUAUCAAAUUCGUAUAUUUCUUUCCAUGAGAAUUAUAGGUUUAGCUACGUAGAAAUUGUAUGUCCGAAAUAAACAUAUAUCAUGAAAACUAAUAGAUUAGUAUGUAAGACAAUUAAUUAUUAUAAGUUAUGUAUAUCUAGUCUCAACAGUCUUUUAGUCAUAAUUUGUUAAUUUUCAACUGUCAGCGAAGUAAUAGUAAGAGAAAUAUAACCUUUAUGUACGAUCUGCAUCAAGCGGGUGGCGGUGGAGGACAGAGCUCGCGCCAGUAGUCGACCGAGUUUAACCGAGUCCGACCGAGUUCGACCGAGACGGCUAUGUCUGGUGAAACCUGAGCGCAUCAGUUGCACCUUAUAAAAGUCUGAAUUUCCUUUAGCACAGUGUGAUAUGCUCUCCGACCCUACCUUCACCGCUCGGUUGGUUCAGAUCAUACAUUUCAUGUGUACAUUUAUGAAUUGUUGUGAUUUUAAAUAAAUAAUUGUGAAUUUAUAAAUCUUGUUUGCGGUGUAAUUGUGGAUGCUUUAAUCGCACAUUUUGGACCUUGUAUAACUUAGACACAUAUUUGUUGUGCAAAUAAUAACACAUUGUGAAUGAAGGAAAGGUACCCUUGCUUAGUACGAUGGAAAAAAUAUACAUAGGUUUCAAAAUCGUUUGAAGGGUAAACGAAAAUUUUCCCCUUUGUAAAAUAUUUUUUACAUAUACAUAACAAAAGUUCAAAAAACUAAAAUAAACCAAAUUCAAAGAUUACUUCACCGAUCAGUAAAAUUUUGUUACAAAUCCAAAACGAAUAAUUUAAAGAAAUCUUUUUUUUUAUUGAUAAAACGUCAUGUAUUACAAAUAAAAAUUAAGUAACAUUUUAGGCGUCAUUAUCACAAUAUUUUUCAAGACAGAGUUUAAAAAAAAUUACGGAUUUGGUAUAUUUUAGUUUUUUUUAAUACCUAUGUAAAUUUUAUUUAAUUUAACUUUUUGAAUCAUGGCAUUCCACAUGAAAAGCUAAUGAACUAACUUUAUUACAGAAGAAUUUACUUAAGAAAAUACAGAUCAAUACUAUUUAAAAAAAAAUAUAUCUAUUUAACACACUGCAUGUUAUAUUAAAUUGUUUGAAACUCAGAAAAAUAAAAGUUUACCUCCAAAUAAUGCAUGAACAUCCGAUAUUAUUAAUACUAACAACUUUGUAUUCUUAAUUCUACUUGCAUUGGAGCGUGGAUAUAACCACAUUGACAAUUAAGGCAUCAUCAACUGUCUAAAGCUUAAUAUUGUCAUGUAUGAAAGAACUUAGCCAUGAUAGUGAAUGGUACCUGGUUGAAAUAAAGGAGCUUGAAAGU